GUCAGGAUUUUGUAAGUCCUUAGAUUGAGUCUAUAGGUUGCCCAGACAGGGGUCAGCGUCUGCGUGGUGAGGUUUGAAACCACUAAUCCGGUUGUACACUUAUCACCAUGGUUGAAACCCGUAGUGGGUUAGACACUAGCCCCUACACCAAGGAGCAACAAGAAAAGAUGGCCACCUUAGUGAAAGAGAACAGGGAGAGGAAAGAGCGCGAGAAGCAGGUGAAGUUGAAGGCUAUUGCAGAGGAGCAGGCGGCCAAGAUGAAGGAAUUGGAGGAGGAGAUGGAGAAAAAGAAAAAGGUUGCUAAAGAAGAAGCAGUAGCAGAGGACGAAAAAGAGAGGAUGCGUAUUGAGAGCAGGGAAGGGAGCAGUGGCACGAAGAGAGAUAAAGACGCAGAGAUGGAAAAAAAGAUUAGUGAGUGGGUUGCUAAUUUAUCGUUGGGAGAAGAUAAGGAGGCACAUAUGUAUGUGCCAGAGGAAGAGAAAGAGGCUUUUGCCAUGGCCCUCGAAGUGAUUGAGGACCCCCUUGAACGUCAAGAGGCCGAGGAGGAGAAGAGACUGGAAUGGAAACUAAGGAUGAAAAGGGAGAAGAAGAGGAGAAGGGAGGAAGCCAACUGGUUGACCGCAGAGGUGGAAAAGGUGCGGGCGUGUAGACAGGAAGUCCAGGCGCAGGCAGAUGUUUCUGCCAAGAUGGACAACGGAUACUUAGAGGUGUUGAGUGAGGCCUUGCUAGAGGAACGACACGCCAAUCAGGGCCAAGAUAUCACCCUGAAAGCCAUGCGGUCAGGUUUUAGAGAGUUUGCGCGCGAGAUCAUCACCCACAUUGGGGGCGAAGUCAGGCAACUGAGGGACAAUGUAGGGAAGUUUUGUGAGGGCGCUAUCGAGAGCGCCAAAGCAGUUGCCUCGGUAGAUAGUGAGGCUAGACCCCGCCCGUGCCUAGCUAGCUGUCCAGAGACCGCCUAUGUUAGCGUCUCUUUAGGCACGUCCCUCACAGGUGUGGCAGAAGAGUUAAAGGAGAGGAUGCCAGCCUGGGCCAAAAUGAAGAAGGAGAGUAAAGGACAGCUUAUCUUGGUAGACGUAGAGGUGUUUAGAAGCAGAGUAGGGGCCCUUAUAAACUCAGGGGCCACCCGCAGUUAUAUUAACCGUAGGGCGCUGAAGAAGCUGAGGCUAGGAUUGAAAGUCCAAAAGUUAGCAGACCCUAUAGUCAGUGUCCUCGCAGACAACCGCACGAUGCGAGUUGAGGACUACGUAGAGGGAGUCCAGGCGUAUUUUCGCCUAGAGAAAGACGGGAAGGUGGAGAAAGUUCUCCAUUCCCUGACUCUCCUCGUACAGGAUGACCUUCCUUUCGAUGUAGUAUUGGGAAUGGAUUGGGGAGAGGCAGCAGGAGCCACACUCCACUUGAGAGAGCAUGAGUGUAGGCUCCCUAGUCCGUCAGGCGAGGCUAAGACUGCCCGCUUGUUCCAUGUGUCUGGUGUAGACAAUACCUUGGCACAUUGCUGUCUCAGUGCUCGCGCGUUUGCGCAAUUAGUGAAGAAGGAGCGAUUAGAGGAACAGGUCUUUGUAGUUUAUGUUAGACCUGCCACUGAGGCUAAGGAAGAAGUGAGUUCCACAGAUCCAACCAUAGCCAAGCUGCUGGAAGAGUUCAAAGACUUAACUGAGUCGCCGAGAGGAGUASUGUCGCGACCCAUCCAGCACAGGAUAGAGAUAGAGCCUGGCAGUAGAACUCCUAAGGGUGCAGUCUACAGGAUGUCCCCUAGAGAGUUAGAGGAGCUGCGCAAGCAGUUAGACGAGCUCCUAGAGAGAGGUUGGAUCAGGCCCUGUUCAUCUCCUUUUGGAACACUAGUUUUGUUCGUCCCCAACAAGAAAGGAAAGCUUAGAAUGUGUAUAGACUAUAGGGGUUUGAAUGCUAUCACAGUGAAGAAUGUUGAGCCACUGCCCAGGAUAGAUGAUCUCUUAGAUCGGGUGCAGGGUUGCAAGUAUUUUUCUAAGAUAGAUCUGAAGUCCGGUUAUCAUCAGAUAGAAGUCCAUUCUGAUGAUCAGUACAAGACUGCAUUCCGGACUCGUUAUGCGCACUAUGAGUUUAUAGUGAUGCCCUUCGGACUGACCAACGCACCAGCCACCUUUCAGCGUUGUAUGAAUGAUUUGUUCAGACCAUGGUUAGAUAAGUUUGUAGUAGUUUAUUUAGAUAAUAUCUUAGUUUUUAGUAAGAUGCUCCACGAGCACCAGGGUCAUCUGAGGCAGGUCUUGGAGAAGCUACGAGAGGCUAACUUCAAGAUCAACGCAAAGAAGUGCGAGUGGGCCAAGACACAAGUCCUGUACUUGGGCCACGUGUUGGACGGAGAUGGCAUUAAGCCAAAGGACAAUAUUGAUAGGAAGUUGGCCGAGAAAAAGAAAGAAAAGGAGGAGAAAAAUAGAAAGGAGGAGGAGGAAGUUGAAAAGAAAUUGGAGGAGGAGAAAAAAAAAAUGGAGAAGGAGAUGAAGAAGAGAGAAGAAGAGUUGAAGAGGGAGUUAAAAGAAGAAGAAGAAGGAAGAUUGGAGAGAAGACGAGCACAACUAGAAGGAGGAGAGGUGGCGGAGAGCAGCCAUGCUACGGAGCUGAGACUCCAGCAGGUUGAGGACUUAGAUUGGGUGGAGAAAUUGGGAUACCGGACAGAGCUUCCUGAGGAGACAGACGAAGAGAGGGAUUAUUUUGUAGCAAAGCUGGCAGCAACAACAGAUCAAGAGGAAAGAAAGUUGCUGAUUGAGGAGAAAAAGGGGGAACUCUAUCAAAAGUUGUACCUCGAUGGUGUAGUACUCAUAGCGCACUGGAGGAUAGAUGACUUCUUCAGAGCUUUGAAAGACUGGUUCGAAGACAAGAACUUAGCUUGUCGUACCGAGUCCCUUAUCCUCAACAUUAGUGACCGCAAGUGGAAGAGUGCGUCGCCACUCAAGGCCACUAUGGAUGACCUACUGCAAUGUCCGGAACACGGAUUGACCCCCACUCAGAUCUUGAACAAUUUCACUAGAGCGCUGCCAGAACCCCUUAAGACCCAAUUAUAUCCCCGUACUAAAGAGGAGGGGAUGACUUACGAAAAGUUUAGUAAGUUUGUUGUAGAGCAUGCCGACUUCUUGCAGGAGGCAAACAAUUGCCACUACUGGAAGGAUCUGCAAGCCGAUAAAAAGUGGAAGGAUAAUCUGCUGGUCACCUUCGAGGAAGGAGGUGUAGAGUCGUUACCGUACGUAGAUUAUGGUCUAGAGGAAGAGAACAACAACCAAGUAGCCCGAGGAGGGGACUAUGCGGCAGUUGCAGCCUGUGGGGGAGGGCGACAAGGUAGAGGCCGAGGUGGAGGACGAGGACCCACUGCCCAGAGGGGUGGUGGCGAAGGUAGCUACUACAUGGGAGGUAGGGGUUAUGGUCCCUCGCAAGGUGGUAGAGCUGUCUUCGCGACGAAGAAGAAGGCCGCCGAUGAGAAGGAGAAAGCGACGAGGCAGGCAUACCUGUUCGGAAGGCGAUUUAUCGUAAGGAUCGAUCCCACCAACGUUGUCGGGGCCCUAAAGAACUACAAGCCUAUAGAUCCGGCCGUCGGCAGAUGGAUAGGCUUCAUAUGGCAGUUCAACUACAAGGUCGAGCGGAUCGCAGGACUUCGAAACAGGGCGGAUGGGUUAAGUAGGGUAUGCAUCACGCCGGAGGGAAUAGAGGACGCGGAACCAAUUGACGCCUUUCUAGAUUACGAAGGGGGGACCCUUGUUGUGGAUAACGAAAUGGCCGACUCAACGCUUACAACAGGCCAGCUGCUGAUUCAGACCUUGAGAAAGGGCACGCCCACAGUAGUUGCAGAACUCAGGGAAGGACCAGUCACCACGGUCAGGCGCAAAGAGGAAAAGGACUCGUGGGGAGCAGAAGUAGGGGCCAGAGAGGAACUGAUGGCAAUAACUGUCGAAGGGGGUCGGGACGCCGUGAUGACGUUGGCUGAAGCCUGGGCACAAAAGGAAUGUCAGUAUCUAGUCAACCUCACUCGGGAGGAGCAGAGUACGAAUCAGAAGGAACAUGAGUUCUUCCUCAUACAGAUGUGCGAGGGCGUCUUCAAAGAAAUCGGUCUGAUGCUUGUAGGGAACAAACAACCCACGGAAGUCAGUCCCAAGGCAAGGGAGGAAGUAGAAAAGCCGGAAGAGGGACAGUCGUCAAGGCAAGCUGGAGAGUCAAGCUCCAGGAAAAGGAAGUUGUAUGUGGGGUUUGAUCACAACCUAGUUGUGAACAGGGGGGGCAGAAAGCAAGGAACCAGGGGGCCAUCGCCACCAAGGGAAGGGGAGCCAAUAGUCCUCCCAUCGGGAAGUGACACCAGCACUGAGGAAGAGAGGAACCCGGGGAAAAGGCCAAGGUUGGAGGAGGACGUGCCCGUGGAAUUUAUCGACCUCACCAGUGACGAGGAGGAAGAUGAGGGAACGAACGGAAAGGAACUUAGUCCUCACUUGGUGGAAAGCGAGGGGAAGGGAAGGGUUGUCGGUCCCUUGUGCCACCAAGAAGGAAAGGAUACGAGACUAUUGAGAACAUUUGCGAAAGCGAAAAGGAGUGCUGAUUUUGGGCAAGGUCGUCAUCUAGAGACGAACGGCCAGACGGAACAAAUGAAUAAGAUCUUGCAGCAACUACUCAUAAUGUAUAUUAGACCAGAUCAAAUCAACUGGGAUGAGAUGCUUCCCAAGGUAGCUAGCGCCUAUAACAACAGUGUACAUCUAGCUACCUGUCAAACUCCUAACGAGCUGCAUAAGUCCUUUAGACCAUGUAGGCUGUUUGAACGGCUGAACCGGGAGCAGAUUCAGAGAUUACCUCCCGAUACUAGAGAAUUUGCUUUGCAGCACGAGAAGGAAGUCGCUAGUGUGGUCGGAAACCUUAGGAAGGCCCAAUUUCGAAUGAUCGAUCAGGCGAAUAAGCAUCACAGACCUUCGCAGGUCAGGGUAGGCGACCUAGUCUGGGUCAAGUCAAAGGAAUUCGCACCAGAGGAAAACAUCUCGCAAAAGCUCUUGCCCGCAUACAGAGGGCCAUGGCCUGUCCUGGAAGUCAAAGGAGGAGAGGACAGACCAUCGUACACCAUAGAGAUACCACCGCACCUCCAUGCAUAUCCGGUCUUCCAUGCGUCAAAGUUGUUGCCGUGUAUGACCAACGAGCAGUUUCCUUCUAUGAUCCCGCCAGAUAUGGAUGGCACAUACGACAUAGACCGCAUAUUGGAAGAAGACGUUCUUAGGACUGGAGGUGGGGGUCGUCCCCAGAAGCAAUAUAAAGUCAGGUUUGCUUACCAGGAACUUGAGGAUGAUAGAUGGUUCACCAGAACUGAGCUUCUAGAGACCGCUCCCGGCAUAGCGCAUGCCUAUGAGAGGGCAAGAAAGGGUAAAGGUCCUGCCUUGGAUUAGAGAGUUCUCGGAGGACCUCGAAAUUUGGAUGGCGGGAGUGAAACGGUUUCAUUCAGUUCGUAGGACAAUUGCAGGACCCAGAGCUCGA